AUGAGAAAAACAGGUACAGAGGGAUCAUCACUAAUAUUGGAGUUUACAGAUAGAGACUUGAUCUUCUCCACUGAAGACUCAGCAAAUAAAGAGAUUGCUUCUUCUAAGGUGGGGGAGGUAGGUUAUGGUUCUCGGUUGGGGGAUGGAGAUGUUGGUGGUGUUUGGAUAGUGUCAAUGGGAGUUGGAGAGGUAGGGGUCAUAACAUUUUCAAAGGGUGGUAAGAUGGGUUGUUCAGGUGGUGGAUUUGGUGGUUGUUCAGAUGGUGGUAUUUGUGGUUAUUCAGAAGGUGAUGUUUGUGGUUGUUCAGAUGGUGGUGGAAUUGGUUGUUCAGGUGGUGGAGUGUUGGCUUCUAGUUCAGGUUAUUAUUGUGAGAUAAGAGCACGAGCUUGA